AUGAAUAGAUUUCGCAAGAAGAAAGAGCCGUCCUUAAUGGAAGAGCUAAAGGAACUGGAACUUCUGGAUGAAGGCGAGAUGGUGGAUAUCCCAGAUCUGGAGGUUGAGGAUCUGAUUGAGGAAAACACACUAAGCAUUAUUGUGAGAUGCCUCAACCCUUUUGUGCACAAGGUAGGAGGUCUAGUAAAGGCAUUACCACCCAUAUGGGGGAUGGAGGAUAGAACUCAGGGAAGGGUUGUAGGAGAAGAUAGGGUUCAGUACACCUUCAGAUCGGAGAACGACCUAAAGUUUGUUCUGUCAAAAGGUCCAUGGUUUGUUAAUGGUUGGAUGGUGGCCAUGGAUCAAUGGACACCAAACCCACAGGAAGAUUUCUUAAAAAGGAUAACUUUCUGGAUUCGAAUUAGAGGACUUCCCAUCCACAUGCUGAAGAGGCAAGUGGUAGAAACAUUACUGGAUCCUUUGGGGAAGGUCGAAGCAGUGGAGCUGCACGCAAAGAACUCUAACUCCCUAGAGUACGUAAGAGCCUUGGUCAAGAUCAAUACGGAAGAGCCACUGCAGUUCAGAAGAAUAGCCAGAUUCAAAUCAGGAGCCACGUAUCCAACGGAGUUGGAGUAUGAAAAGCUUCUCAAAGUUUGUUAUGGAUGCAAAAGGCUAACGCACGACCAGACCAAGUGCCCUCAUCAGAUCCUCGCAGUGGAAGAAGGGGAGUUGGAAGGUAGAGAUCGAGCCAAGGAAUCCAACCUAAGGAAAAAACUAAAGGAAAAGGAAACAAAAGCCAAAGAGAGUCUCCAGAGACCUUCAACAAAAGGAGCUGCUAAAGGAGUGGUUAUUAGUGGCCCCUCUCCCUCUACAAGCCAAGCAAGGAAUAGUGUGAAAGGCCGUGGAAAUCUAAAGGAGGAUAAGAGAGGUAAGGAGGGCUCGGAGAAAACGAGAAGCACUGAGGAGUCCACAGCAAACCCGCAGAGCUCAGGAGAAUACAGUGGGACCAAAAGUGCUACUACGGAGGUAGGAGGCCAGGGACAUUCACCUGCAACCAAUGCGUCUGGCUUAGUUUUCAACAGAUUGGGGGGCUUGGAGGAAGUGUGGGGUUCAAAAAGGAACAGAGGAAAGAGAGAAGAACCUAGCUCUCCAGCUGAUCUACGUAUGAAACUAAGUGGCGCUUCUUCAGGAGAAAAGGGUGAUGGCAAAUCGAGUAAAGGAAGCCGUAGUCCUCCCUCUGUUUUCGAACGUCUGGGGAGCCAGGGAACUAUCACACCUGGUUUUACCCGAAGCAUAGAAGACUCUCGUACAUCAAAGAAGAGAAGACUAAGCAGUAGUGAUGAGAGAAACCCAAAGAAAGCUAGGAGAAACUCAUCUGAGAAGAAGAAAUUAUCUCCCUCAGUAUUUCAAAGGUUGGGAGAGACAAGGUGUGAUAACGAAGGAAACAACCAGGAAGAAGCACAUCACUCUGCUCUAGUAGCAGUGACCACUCCGGUCCAUUCUGCCAAUAUGGCAGCCAAAGUCCCCGUCCAUUCUGUCCAAAGGAUAGCAUUGGAAAGUGGAUACAAUCUGAAAGAAGGGUUGAUGGGUAAUACCAACCCUUCGAGGUCAAUAUGA